GCUAGCAGAGAGCAGAUUUAGAUUAGACAUUAGGAAGAACUUCUUCACAGUUCGAGUGGCCAGGGUCUGGAACGGGCUCCCAAGGGAGGUGGUGCUCUCCCCUACCCUGGGGGUCUUUAAGAGGAGGUUAGAUGAGCAUCUAGCUGGGGUCAUCUAGACCCAGCACUCUUUCCUGCUUAUGCAGGGGGUUGGACUCGAUGAUCUAUUGAGGUCCCUUCCGACCCUAACAUCUAUGAAUCUAUGAAUCUAUUAAUGCGCCUUAAAUUGGGCUAGUGCCCAUUAAAUGCACACAUGUAGACAUGCCCAUAAACAUACAGAAAGAGACAACCCCUGCUUUAGACAGUGCAUAAUUUAUGACUUGUUCAGCGAAGAAGUAGUUAUAAAGGCUAAGCAGAAAGGCAAGGGAAAUGGGUACUUUAGGAGCACAGAGAAAAUAUUGUAAGCUUCUGUGUAAUGAAGGAGGACUUCAUGCUUGUAAAACUAACCUGUGUUUUUAGUAAGAUAUCAGUGUCAUUGAGGAUGAGAAGUCAAAGGCAGCCAGACCUAACGGUAGCCAUAUCAUUCUUAUGAAAGUGCCGUACCUUAACCACGCUAGCCCAGCACACUGCUACGCUCAGACAGAUCUUGGAUUUCUGAUACCGAAUAAUCUCAACCAAAGCAAACAUUGGCAUUCCUGAAGGAGGGGGUCAAUUUAAGCCAAAUCAUGGCUGUGCCCCACGUUACAUAAGGCAUGUAAUCCUCUUAGCACCGAUACCUAACACCUUCUGCCGACAUAGAUUUCAAAGGCAGCUGUAGGAGCAUCUUUCAAAGCUGUAUACAUCUCUGGGAAGGAGUGCUGUCACUGUAGGAGAAAAAGGUUGCUCUAAAAUGUUUAUUUUCUCAUUUAAGUUUUUAAGGAAAAGUUGUAACAGCAACAACCUUGGCACAAAACAAUUUCCUGGGGAAUAAAUGGAGGGCUGGGUUUAAUGAUUCCUCAGCUUUGCCUCAAGCCAUCAUCUUUCCACUUGGUCAUUAAUCCCCAGCCAAUGCCAAGGGCCUGUGAUUGUUGUUGUAUUUAAUUCAUGGAGGUUACACAGGCUACUUCCCAGGAAGAUUUUCUAAUGCAAAUUCAGGAACAGGAUUUAAUUCUUUUCACUCUUUGUGGGAAAUCUCCAUCCCCCGGUAUACGUGCCUGUAUACCUUAAAAAAAUACAUUAUUGCUCAGAAAGGGGAAUUUAAGCAACAAAAAUGUCUUUUCGUUCUUCUGAAACUCCCACUCAUGAGGGUGUGGCUGGAGCUGGCUGUGUUGGUUGUACAGGUCUACAUUUCACCAGCACUGAAUUCCCAUUUGUUUUUAUUUUGUUUUAAUAAACAGGGAAUUGGAUACUACUUCCCCUUGCCUCUCUAAAUAGGGCAAAGAUUGGAUUUUAUGUAGGGAGAUAUUGCAGGUUUCAUUCUGCUAUUGCUACGGUAAGUAUUCUGGGCAGUGUCAAAUGGAUUAAAGAUGAAGGCUAUAAUGGGUGAAUUUCUGGUUGUACAGUAGAAAGGAAAUAAGAAAAAGAGAGAAUGAAUCUUGAACAGGAAAUUGCUGUAUAAAGAAUAACACAACCCCCCUCUGGGAACAAGGUCAAGAGCUAACCUUGACCACAGCAGUAACAAGAUGGUAGCAGCAGGUUCCAGGGCUAUUUAAAAGUACACGGCAAUGCUACAGAACAGUAUAGGGCUGGCAGAAGAACAUCAGAGAAUUUGUUGCACAACUGGUUCUUGUUUUUUCUGAAACUCUGUGACAGGAAAAUGCCGUUACUAACUUUCGUUUCUUAUUAAAGUCAGCUUAGGGUGUGGCUACAAGAGAGUUUUACAAAAAAAAGGUGGGUAGAAACUUCCUGCAGCCUCAGCUCUGAGAGAAAGCAAAUACUUGAGACGGAGAUUGUUGAGUUGAAGUCACAGCUCUUCACCAAAAUCACUGAGCAAAAAGGGACCACGCUAAAAUGCCAAAACUGGCUCCAGGCAAAAAAAGCCCCACUCCUGAAAGUACCAAGCAGAAGAAAGUUUCUCAGAGAAAGGCUGGAUGUGGCAGAGACAAAACCACACAGUACAAUGAGGAGCCAGAUUGCCCAGGAGUUGUGGCUCAUCCCCAGUUUCUAUCAGAAGUAGCAGAAUUUGCAGUCAGUACACCUGGACAAAAGCUGUGGGCACUGGUGUCUCCGAAGUCCUCAAAGCAGCUGUCAAAAAGUGACCCACAGCAGAGAAGAAGGAGCAAAGCUCCAGGUGAGUGUGAAGCUCCAGGAGCCAUAUCUGAGGUGCCUGAAAAAGUGCCAGACAAAAGACAGAGUAAGCAAAGUAUCAGGACUAAUAAAAGCAAGCAAGAAGGAAAUGCUCCUCAGAGAAAAGCCAGAGGAAGGCAAGGCAAAGGCACAGUGAAUGAAGAGGGGAUGGAAAGCUCAACAUUUGCAGCUCCAGUGUCUGCACUAGACGUACCUGAAUUUGAAGCCAGAAGAAAGUCAAUUGGACAAGAAGCUCAAAGGCUCCAAUCCCCAAAAAGACUCCUUGAGCGCUGCCCAAGAACGAAGCGGGCUCCAUCUGCACAAAAAAAGAAAGAAUCUGCAGGAGCAAGCCUUGGACAAGCCUAUUCCAGACCUGCCCUUAGUGACUUAUGUGAUGGCUCAGAGGUGGCAGUAGCUACUCUCCCCAAGCCAAGCCAAGAUGUCAUUUUCCGCAUUAAGGAGAGGGUAAAAUCCCUUCCUCUGAAACAUGAUGAGAGAGCCAAGGCUGCUGGUAUUAUUAAUGAGUUCAUUGAUUCAUUCAUUAGUUACCUGAAGAAGUGUGAGGAGAGGCCUUACUUUAAGGAGGUGACCAAGAUGACCACAGGGAGCUACUACGAAUUUGUGAAAGUUGCUCACCCUGACGAGUUUGACGUGAUGCUCUCUCUGCCAGUUCCCAAAUAUGUUCGUUAUGAAGAGAUAGCUGGCUAUACUGGCCUCUAUUACAAAGUUACCUUGGAGAGAAACACCCGGAGCUUUCCCACCCCUUUUCUGCUGGAUGAUAGAAGUACUGUGUCUCCUGUGAAAGUCCUAGAGGAGUUCAGGAAACAUGUCAAUCAGUUCAUCAACUCACACUACCAAGUACGUUUCCCAGGGUGGAAUAUGAAGCCACAGAGGAAGAAACCCAACUGCCCAGCAGUUACUGUAAUGGUACUAGAUGAUAAAGGUAGUGAGGUGAUAUCUAUGGAUCUUGUUCCUGCUCUGGAAAUUUCAGCCUCGUGGCCUGUUUCAUGUGGUGUAGGGAAGGAUGUUGAAAAGUGGCUGGGGAAGAAAAGCAUGCGAUGGAGGAAUAAGUCCUUUUAUUUUGUUGCCAAGCAGCCACCUGGGGAAGAUAACAAAGAGACCUGGAGAAUUUCUUUUUCUCAUAUUGAAAAGAAGAUUUUGAAUAACCAUGGCAACACUAAAACGUGCUGUGAAUCUUAUGGCACCAAGUGCUGCAGAAAAAUAUGUAUUCGGCUGCUGAAGAGCCUUAUUUCAGAAUUGAAGAAACAGUAUCCUCGGCAGUUAAGUCACAUGUGCUCCUACUAUGCCAAGACCUCUUUUCUUCAUACUCUGACACAGGUAAAGGACGACUCAGACUGGAAACCCUCUGAUGUUGUCAACUGUUUUCUCAGGGUCCUAGAUGAUUUCAUUCAACAUGUGGAAAAUGCAAGCUUGUCCCAUUUUUUUAUUCCAAACUGCAACUUGUUCACAAGCGUCCCUCCCAAGGAGCUGAAAUUCCUUCUAGACCGGUUACAAGAGCAGAAAAAUAAUGGGUUGCCAGCAUUUGCAACUCAUGAGGAAUAGUUUCUUUCCCAUUUUUCUGCACAUGGAUUUGCUACUGAAAUGCAUAGAAACAAUAGCUUUGUUAGUGUUAGAUGAAUCCUGCUAGCUUUCUUGUGUUUUUAUAUAAUCCUUUUUUCUGUCUAGAUCAGGGAAAAUCAGUCAAUAUGGAAUUUAGAAAUAAUUUCCUGUAUUUUCUUUAUAGUUAGAAUGGAUUAGGUUGAUUGUAGGAUCAGAUAGUAAAAGGUUAGAGUUUGGGGGCAUCCCUUAAAAUAUGUUGUGAAUGUGAGACCUUGGAGUCAAUCCUGUGGCUACAGGAAAAACUGAAAGUUCCAUUUUGCAUUAGUUUUCCAUGACUGUUAAUAAAAAGAUUUUGUUUCUUUCUCA